AUGGAGUUGGAACUAAUCGUUCAAGAGAAAAAAGACCGAAAAAUUAUAGCACUUGCGAAAAGACUCUUCGUGGAUGUAUGUGCAGGAGCGGCGGCUGGCUUUUUGGUCGCGCCAUUUAUUGCAAUUAUUGAUAGAGCAAUAAUGGAAAAUGCUAGUGGCCGUAACACGCUUGGCUCAUCAAUAAAAGCUGGAAUCAUAUCAUGCUUAAAGAAACCACACCAGUUUAUUUGCUCACGCCAAUUCUAUUUAGUUUAUAUGGUCUACAGCAGCACCUAUAUAACAGUGAACAAGGUGGAUACGUUAAGUAAUCAUCAUAACGUAGACAAUCAACUUCCGAAAUUCUUUGGUGCCUCUAUUGCAAACAUGGCCUCAUGCUUUUAUAAAGACAUGCAUUUCACCCGAAUGUUUGGGAUCAUCGCGCCAAGACCAUUGCCUAAGGCGACAUAUGGAUUUUUCGCGACACGUGACACAACAACAAUGGCCGCAAGUUUUAAUAUGCCUGACGUAUUGGGAUCAAAUUUUUACGAGAAAGGUUGGAUUGCAGACCGAGAACGAGCAAUGAAUUUGGCACAACUUGUGUCACCGGCUUUAAUACAGUUUGUUAGUACGCCACUUCAUUUGUUGGGAUUGGACUUGUACAAUAGACAAAAUGCUGGGAUAGGUUCGAGGGCAAAUCUUCUUAUGCAAAAGUAUUCAAAAACCACAUUGGCCAGGAUCGUGAGAAUUGCGCCGGCUUUUGGAAUUGGAGGUGUUGCGAAUCGAGUGUUCAAGCAAAAAAUUGGUCAAGCUAUAAGUUAA